GGGGGCGAUGUUAUCAGAAGCAAGUUAUGUCGACAAUUUCAUCAGUGAACAACAUUUGGAAAUGAACAUUUCUGGUGUUGAAACCUGCCUGGUGAUGUAUCAGAUGCUUGGGGAAAUGGAAUUUCUUUCUCAUAUGAGUAUUUCGGAAUUUUUCGAUUUCAAUGUUGGAAUUGUGAAUCAAUCGUAUCAUGUUGAAGAAAACAUUUGUUACGAUCCUUUGAAUGCACCAACACCUUCGGAUGUUGCGCAUGAAUUAUUGGAUCGGAAUCCCACUUUAGAGUUGCAACAG